AUGCUCCAAAAAGUUCCCAUUCCCCACAUCGAAAAAGCUCAUCGCUCCAAGCUCCUCCGCACUCUGGAGGCCUCCUUGGGAUCGUCUUUCAACUCCGAGCGGCUCUGGCAGCCCAGCCCCAUAAUUAUCGUCAUUAGUGGCCCCAGCGGCGUCGGGAAAGACACGGUCAUAAAAAAGCUCAAGGAUUCCAACGAGAACUUGCAUUUCGUGGUAACGGUGACGACCCGCGUAAUGCGGCCUGACGAAGUUCACGGCAAAGAUAAUUACUUUGUGAGCAAAGAUGGGUUUUUGACAAUGGUGGAGAGAAACGAGUUUCUAGAGUACGCGCUGGUGUACGAAAACUAUAAAGGGAUUCCCAAACAGCAGAUUAGGGAUGAAUUGGGGAAAGGGUACGACAUUGUUUUGAGAGUUGACAUCCAAGGUGCUCAGACUCUGAGGAAGAUUUUUAGGAAUUCGGCUGUUUUCAUAUUUUUUAUGGCGGAAAGUAGGGCAAAGGUUGUGGAGAGGCUGAUUGACCGGAAAAUCGACGAAGGACUUAUUGUGAGGGUUGCGACGGCUAGGGAGGAGGUGAAGCAUGUUAAGAAUUUCGAUUAUGUGGUGGUGAAUGUGGAGGGGAGGUUGGACAAUACAGUUAAGUUGGUGGAGUCCAUUAUCGACGCGGAGAGAACUAAGGUGCAGCAGAAGAGUUAUGUGAUAUAGCUGUGGAGGUAAAUGUGGUAGCAGAUCGAAUUUAUGUUUUACAAGUUUAAUUUUAGUUAUAAACCGUUGAAUUUGA